UCGACCCACCUAGUUCCAAUCUGUAUCGGACUGCAGAACGAAAUGGGUCACCCGGAGCUGGAUUUCAGGGCCAUUCCCAAGCUGUAUGGCAGCCAGAACUACUGGCAGUGGCGCGUCCUCUUGAGGACCUACCUGGAUGCCAACGAUCUGUGGAAGCACAAUGAACCCAAGGAGAGUCCCCACACCAAGUUCAUCAUUUUGGCCACCGUCGAGGGCGAUAAGAUUGAGCCAGCCUACGAAGACCAGACCUGCUCGUAUAUUUUCCAAAACUUGGAGACCCGUUUUGGUCCAUUUAGGGGUUAAAGUUUAAAGUUUAAACAGUGAUUAUUAUUUUAAUAAAGCUAUCCGAGUGAUCGUAGACCUUACUGUCUUACUUCUUA